GGCAGCCAGUCUCUCUCCGAGUGUUGUCGGGGCAGUGUCGAUUUUUUGCGUUGAUGAUCACUCAUUAGUGGUCAAGAUGAAGCAAGACUGCCGAUACCUUGCCCCGAGUCGCUUCCCAGCAGAUGAGUGGGGUGAUGUCCGUGGGAUUCUCCCCCAGGUCAUUAAUCUAACUGAAACCGUAACCUAUGGAACGGCAGAGGCCUUCUCUCCCUCUGUCCAGCCCCCAUUAGGAAGUCAUACUCACUGUGGAUGCAAGGAGGUAAGAAAGCACGUGUUGCGAUGAGGAGACGUGGCUGUCCUUCCUCGCCCUCUUUCGCGUCCCCAAAGUCAACCUCAUCCCUCUGCUCGGGAAGGCCUCACGUCAACAUGCAUCUGCCGGCAACAGCCAAUUUACACCAAAUCAUGGGUGGUAGCGCCGGGGGCCGAUCCUCCAAAGCCGCCCGUCCAAACCCCACAGCUGGAAAAAACGACCGACGACUUUACGAGGCAAGCGGCUAUGCAGUAUACAUCCUGGCAGUCUGGGGGUGUUUGGCUGGCGACAACACAGAAUUCUUGAGUUUCUCGGUUCUUGAACGCUUCCUGCCUCUUCCUUGUUGGGAAGGUGGGUGUUUGGCGCUCCGUCUCCGCCGCUUUGGUGAUCCCAUCCGAAUCAUUGCCGGCCCUCGAUGUGCUUUUGUUAUUGGCAGCGAGGUGGGCGACGCUCCCACAUACUGUCCUUUCAUUGUUUGGUUUCGCCGCAUCUGCGUCUUUUACCAACCUUUUAUAAAUUUGACUCCAUUAGGAAACUCCUCAAGCUAAUUUGCACGUGGGAUAGCAGAGCCCUUCCUCAUUAGCAAGGAUACGAACAGAAAAACACCUUCAUUACGCCACUUAGAGCAAGUAUUUAGUGAACAGACGCACGGAUGGAAUUGUGGAGUCGACUUCAAUGAAACUGUACUGCUAAUCAAGAGUAACAUCAACAUAAUGUUAUAUUUAUACGAUAGUCCUUUCAAAUUUCUAAGAACUGAUGUUAACUGGUGUAUAUGUUCAUGACGAAGUGUUUGUCUUUGUGUUUCCGUCGCACCUUGCAAAUAUUUGAAAAGGAGUACGUAUGUGAAGAAACUGAUCAUUGCAGGAAGCUCAAAAUAUUGCAUUAACUAGUAAUCUGUGACUAAAUAAUGCACAGACGUUGCUAUUGAUUUGCUUUAUGAUGUUUAAAAAUUAAGUUGGUUAUUGAUUUUCUUUAAAUAUCAAAUUAAACUCUGUUGCUCUCUUGAAAGAUUCCCGUGGCACCGCAGUUUCGUCACUUCAGGAGGAACUGAAGUACAAGUACAUUAACUGGAACCUCUUUCUGGUACUGAUUUAUAGGCAUCUGUUUUACUUGUAUCUUGCAGAAUCAUAAAUUAUAUCUGUACUAAUUUGCC